CGUGUAAGCGAACGUGUUCGUAGAAUUUUUCAAAAGUGAAAUCAAUUUACAGAAAGUGUUCAGUGUUAGAAAGUAAGAUGUCUCUAAUUCCGGUUUUGUUCCGCGAGUGGUUGGACAAUGUUGUGGAUGUUCCUGCCAGACCAUCUCGUAUACUGGAGAAAUACUUCGGUCAGGAUAUUUUCCCGAGUGACCUAAUGUUGGCCAUAGAUCAUGUUCCAAAUAAUCGUCGAGGACUUAAACGCCCGCGAUCUUCGCUUUUUGACUCGCAAGAAGAUCAUGCGGUAGUGAAGCGCACCAAAGAUGGAUUCCAGGUGAAUGUCGAUGUUCAUCAGUUCCAUCCGGAGGAAAUAUCUGUAAAAAUGGCGAAUGAUUACAUUACGGUGGAAGGCAAACAUGAAGAAAAACAGGACGAGCAUGGGUAUGUGUCGCGGCACUUCAUUCGAAAAUAUCGACUCCCCGAUGGACAUGACUCAGACAAGGUGGUUUCGUCGCUCUCUUCCGACGGUGUGUUAACAAUUAAAGCCCCCAAACUUGCACUGCCCGAGCCAGAAGCAGCUGAAGAAAGAACGAUUCCGAUUGUGCGAACGGGAAAGGCGAUCAAGGAAAAUGGAAGUGAAUCGCUGAACGAGAAUGAAAAACAAUAAAAAAGACUGAUGUUUAAAUGCAUAAGUUCUAAUAAA